CCCCCCCCCCCCUCAUCCCUUAUUCGAUCAUGUCCCACCGCGAGGACCCCCUGGCUUAUGGCCAUUAUCACUCCCAGGAUGAUGGAUCCGGAGCGGACACCGCGCGUGGUUUCGUCGGCGAUACUUUUAAGAAACUCAAGAACACCUACAAGACCCACCACAGCCAGCCGGGAGGCGCUCACGGCGAUCCUGCAGGCGCAUACGGGGGCCCGUCCUCCCAAUCCGCCUCCCAUCAGUAUCCUGGCGCAUCAACUUCAACUCGGCCGCCAAACGCCCCGUAUCAAGACCCCGAGUAUCAGAGCACACAGGCCGCAAAGCCGGACAAACUGGCUGGUAUGUUUGGCAAGCUCCAAGGCACCGUGGCGGGGUACGGAACCGAUUUCGCCCAGCGUCUGGGCAAUGCGCUGGACCCGCAGGCCUAUGCAGAAUAUGGCCAGAGCGCGAACCCUGCGAACAAUACUCGAUUCGGUAGCUUUGCGCCGGACCGCCAGGGGAAUGACGUGAAGUGGUACGUCGAUGGGUGUUCGUAUUUCUACGCCGUUUCCAAGGCGCUGGAGACCGCUCGAGAAUCGGUCUGGAUUCUGGACUGGUGGUUGUCUCCGGAGCUGUAUCUGCGACGACCUCCGGCGAAAAAUGAGCAAUACCGACUGGAUCGCAUGCUGCAGGCUGCCGCGCAACGGGGAGUGAAAGUCAAUAUCAUCGUCUACAAGGAGGUUACUCAGGCGCUCACCCUAUCGUCACAUCAUACCAAGCAUUGUCUGGAAGACAUGCAUCCUAAUAUCGCGGUGUUCCGCCAUCCGGACCAUCUGCCGGAUCGCCAAGGGCUGCAUGCCUCGAUCACGGAGUCCUUGCAGAACCUGUCCCUGGACGCCCCCAGUCUAGUAAAGAUGUCAGGCGAUGCCAUCAAGGGCAUCUACGGCAUGAACGACGACGUCAUUCUCUACUGGGCGCACCACGAGAAGCUGUGUGUGAUCGACGGCCGGACCGCCUUCAUGGGUGGAUUGGACAUGUGCUUUGGCCGCUGGGACACCAACCAGCAUUGCCUGUCUGAUGUCCACCCCACCGACCUUAGAGAGAUCGUCUUCCCUGGUCAAGACUACAAUAACGCUCGCGUGGCCGAUUUCCAGGAUGUGGCCCACUGGGAGCAGAACCAGCUGGACCGGAAGCAGGGCUCCCGGAUGGGAUGGUCCGAUAUCUCCGUCAGCCUGCACGGUGUCGUCGUGGAGGACCUCCGGCGCCACUUCGUGGAACGCUGGAACUUCAUCAUGGACACUAAGUACCAGUCGCGCAAUGACCCGAGGUAUGCGAAACUGGCGCUGUACGGCCGUCCUCCGGCGUCCUCCAGCCGACCGACUUCAUCGGGUCAACCUCACUCGGCGAACCCCCAGCCGCAGCCCUACCAGCAGCAGACUUCCCAGCAACAGACUUCCCAGCAACAGACUCCCCAGCAACAGACUCCCCAGCAACAGACCUACCAGCAACAGACCUACCAGCAACAGACCUACCAGCAACAGACCUACCAGCAACAGACCUACCAGCAACAGACUUCCCAGCAACAGACUUCCCAGCAACAGACUCCCCAGCAACAGACUUCCCAGCAACAGACCUACCAGCAGCAUGCUUCCCCGGAGCACGGGGCGGCGCAGCCGACCUGGCAACAACCGUCAUCCCCACCAUACUCGAGUCCUGGCAAUACCGGUGCAUCGGCCUAUCCGCAGUCUUCGCCGUCCUCGGGGCAGUAUAACUACACCGGCCAAUCGUUCCCUCCCCCGCCCCCGGGCCCCCCUCCCCACCAGAAUGCUCAGGCCUACUCACCCCCAACCCAGGGAACGCCGCAAGCUCAGGCGGAGGCCCACAGCCAGGUGCCCUACUUCCCCCCACCGCACGGCCAGGAGCCAUCGGGUCACUCCCAGACGCGGGGCUUUGACGAGAACUACGAGGUUGCGCGCGGGCCCGGUGGUCAGAGUGGGUUCGAAAAAGUGUCGGGCUUUGUGCCACGUCGCUUCCGGGAGGACUUCGACAAGUACGGCAACGCCCUGCGCGGCCAGCUAGCUGGCCAGAUCCACCAAUACCAGGACCGGUUGACGCCGCACGGCGGACCGUCGACCCAGCCUCGCGGCAACAUGACCUGCCAGAUUGUCCGCAGCUGUGCGAAAUGGAGCAACGGGACGCCCACGGAGCACUCGAUCGCAGACGCUUACGCGGCGGUAAUCCAGAACAGCGAGCACUUCGUGUACAUCGAGAACCAGUUCUUCAUCACGGCCACCGGCGACGCCCAGGCACCGGUGAAGAACCAGAUCGGCGCGGCCAUCGUGGAGCGGAUUCUGCGGGCCGCGCGCGCAGGCCAGAAGUACAAGAUCGUCGUGGUGAUCCCAUCGGUGCCGUGUUUCGCGGGGGAUCUGGCCGACGACUCCACCCUGGGGACCCGCGCCAUCAUGGAGUUCCAGUACAACGCCAUCAACCGUGGCGGCAGCAGUAUCAUGGAGCUGAUUGCCAAGGAGGGGUACAACCCGAUGGAGUACAUCCGGUUCUACAACCUCCGCAACUAUGAUCGCAUCAACCUGAGCGGACCUCUGAGGGAGGCGGAGCGUCGCAGCGGUGUCGAUUACGAGGACGCUCGCAAGCAGCAGGAUGUGACCACGGCCGGUCCGGGCGGCUACGGCCCUGGUGCGCCGCGGACUGCGUUCGAUACCAGCGCGCCGUUCCAGCAGUAUCAGCAGGCGGGUCAGCAGGCGGGGCAGUCAAAGGCCGGGCGCGCUUGUUGGGACAGUGUGAGCUCGUGCUAUAUGCUGCACGGGGAGGAUCUUCGCCAGGUGCCCUGGGAUGGUCCCGCCGAGGCGGAGAUCGACGCUUUCGUGACCGAGGAGCUCUAUGUCCAUUCCAAGGUGAUGAUUGCCGACGACCGCAUCGUGAUCUGCGGCUCAGCCAACCUGAACGACCGAUCCCAGCUGGGCGACCACGACUCGGAGAUCGCGAUAGUCAUCGAAGACCACACGCCCGUGGCAUCCAAGAUGAACGGCCAACCCUGGACAGCCAGCCGCUUCGCGGCCUCGCUCCGCCGACAGCUAUUCCGCAAACACCUGGGCCUCCUGCCACCACAGGACCCAGAGCGCCCCGACGCCAACUCAGAGCCCGUAGGCGUGCAGCCCAACGCGUUCGACUUCGACGCCCCCGAGAGCCAGCUAGUGGCGGACCCACUGGCAGACCCAUUGCAAAGCCUGUGGAACACGCGGGCGCGGACCAACACCGAGGCCUUCCGCAAGGUGUUCCACUCGGUGCCGGACGACACGGUGCGCAACUGGGCGACGUACAAGGAGUUCUACGGGUACUAUUUCCACAACUCCGACAAGCAGGCUGUUGGGCAGGCGCGCGACGAGCCGCGCGCGCGGUAUGCGUAUGGCCACGUCGUGCGCGACGACUUCGCUCCGGGUCCUGAGGGGGCGAGGGAAGUGAAAGAGACUCUGAGCCAGGUUAAGGGCACGUUGGUGGAGAUGCCGCUGAUGUUCUUGAUUGAGGAGGAUGUGGCCAAGUCGGGAUUGGCCUUGAACGAUUUGACGGAGCCGAUUUACACUUGAUUUUGUUUAGUACCUGUCUUGGUGGAUUUGGCUUUCUUUGAUAGUCUUCUUGUAACGAAUGAAAUUGGAUAUUUUCUUUGGGCCAAGAACUGGGUUGGUGGUUGUCAAAGAAGACCCGGGAUGGAUUGUUCGGCGGAGAACAAUAUCAAGAACUCUUCAUCUGUAUUGAUCUCUAUCACCUCCUCUAUCUCACAACGCG